CGUCUUCUCUCCCUCUGAGUGCAGUGCAGCCAGCCAAACCGAGAGAAAAGGGAAAGAAAAAGCGAAGAAGAGAAAUAAAAAAAACAUUUAAAAAGAAAAAAAAUUAUAAAAAAAACAAAAGAAAAAAGAAAAAGUCCCUCACUCUUUCUCUCAUUUCACACACACGCUCUCUUUCUAUAAAACCCUCAUACUUUCUCUCUCUCCAUCUCUUAAUUUGAUGAUCUUUAUUUAUUUUUGAUUAAUCUAUGGAUCUACUCAAUUAAGAUCUUUAAUUUUUGUUUGGAUUGAUUCAAUUUUUGUGCGAUUGAUUUUUAAAUUUUUUUUCUUAUAGCGAGAAGGGAAAAAGAGAGAUAUGAAAGUGCCGUGCUGUUCGGUUUGCCAAACACGGUACAACGAAGAAGAAAGAGUACCAUUACUGCUUCAAUGCGGGCAUGGUUUCUGCAAGGAGUGUUUAUCGCGUAUGUUCUCUUCAUCUCUCGAUACAACAUUAGCUUGUCCUAGAUGCCGCCACGUGUCCGUCGUCGGCAACUCCGUUAACGCACUCCGUAAAAACUACGCCGUCUUGUCUCUCCUCUCUGCCGCCACGUCUGCAUCACCGAACAACUUCGAUUGCGAUUAUACCGACGAUGAGGAGGACGAUGAUGAUAAUAUUAGUAAUAACAAUGAUGCAAAAAACGACGAGGAUGAUGAAGAAAGGUGUAGCCGUGGCUCGCACGCGUCGAGCUCAGGAGGCGCGUGUGGUGGGCCCGUGAUUGAAGUCGGUGUGCAUCACGAGGUGAAGCUGUUGAAGAAAAUAGGGGAAGGGAGGAGAGCGGGAGUGGACACGUGGACCGGUGUGAUUGGGGGAGGAGGGAAGUGUAAGCAUAAAGUGGCAGUGAAGAGAGUGGAAGUAGGGGAAGAUAUGGAGUUGGAGUAUGUGUUAGGGCAAUUAGAGAAUUUAAGGAGAGGAUCAAUGUGGUGUAGAAAUGUCUGUAAAUUUCAUGGGGUUGUGAAGAUGGAAGGUUGUUUGGGCCUUGUUAUGGAUAGAUGUUAUGGUUCUGUUCAAUCUGAGAUGUUAAGAAAUGAAGGCAGGCUUACUCUUGACCAAAUUCUAAGGUAUGGGGCAGACAUAGCACGAGGGGUGGCUGAACUUCAUGCAGCAGGUGUCGUCUGUAUGAAUAUAAAACCAUCCAAUCUUCUUUUGGAUUCAAAUGGUCGUGCAGUGGUUUCUGAUUAUGGACUUGCUGCAAUUUUGAAGAAACCUGCCUGCCGGAAAGCUCGUUCAGAGUGUGAGUCUGCGAAAAUCCAUUCAUGUAUGGACUGUAUAAUGCUCAGCCCACAUUACACAGCUCCAGAGGCAUGGGAGCCAGUAAAAAAGUCAUUGAAUUUAUUCUGGGAUGAUGCAAUUGGUAUAUCUGCAGAGUCAGAUGCCUGGAGUUUUGGCUGUACAUUGGUGGAGAUGUGCACGGGGUCCAUUCCGUGGGCUGGUUUAAGUGCUGAGGAGAUUUAUCGAGCUGUUGUCAAGGGAAAGAAAUUGCCUCCGCAAUAUGCAAGUGUAGUGGGUGUUGGAAUGCCUAGAGAAUUGUGGAAGAUGAUUGGGGAGUGCUUACAGUUCAAAGCAUCAAGAAGGCCAAGCUUUAAUCAAAUGUUAGCAAUAUUUCUCCGUCAUUUGCAAGAGUUGCCACGGAGCCCUCCUGCAAGCCCUGAUAAUAGCUUUGCAAAAUAUUCUGGAUCAAAUGUGACAGAACCAUCUCCCGCACCUGAUUUGGAGAUUUUUCAGGACAACCCUAGCCAUUUACAUCGGCUAGUGUCUGAAGGGGAUGUGACUGGCGUUAGAGAUCUGCUUGCAAAGGCUGCAUCAGGAAAUGAUGGUAGUUCACUAUCUUUAUUGUUGGAAGCACAGAAUGCCGACGGGCAAACAGCUCUUCACCUGGCUUGUAGACGUGGUAGCGCGGAACUUGUUGGGACUAUACUGGAGUACAAACAGGCAGAUGCUGAUGUUUUAGAUAAAGAUGGUGAUCCUCCACUUGUUUUUGCUUUAGCUGCUGGAUCUGCAACAUGUGUUCGUGCUCUUAUUGUGAGAGGGGCAAAUGUUAGAUCUAGGUUGAGAGAUGGUUUUGGUCCUUCUGUUGCUCACGUGUGUGCCUACCAUGGACAACCUGAUUGUAUGCGUGAGCUACUAUUGGCUGGAGCUGAUCCCAAUGCAGUGGAUGAUGAAGGUGAAACUGUCCUGCAUAGAGCUGUUGCCAAGAAAUAUACAGAUUGUGCUCUUGUUAUUUUGGAAAAUGGUGGCUGUAGAUCAAUGGCUGUUCGUAAUUCAAAAAAUUUGACACCAUUACACUUAUGUGUAGCAACAUGGAAUGUGGCUGUUGUGAGAAGGUGGUUGGAAAUUGCUUCCAUAGAAGAAAUUGCUGGUACAAUUGAUAUACCAAGUCCAGUUGGAACUGCAUUGUGUAUGGCAGCUGCUGUAAAGAAAGAUCAUGAAAUUGAGGGGAGGGAAUUGGUGCGGAUAUUGCUUGCUGCUGGAGCCGAUCCAACUGCACAGGAUGCCCAGCAUGGGCGGACAGCUUUGCAUACUGCUGCCAUGGCUAAUGAUGUUGAUUUGGUCAAAAUUAUUCUUGAUGCUGGAGUAGAUGUGAACAUACGGAACAUGCAUAAUACUAUUCCUCUUCAUGUAGCCUUGGCCAGAGGGGCAAAGUCAUGUGUUGGAUUGCUUUUAUCUUCUGGAGCAAGUUGUAAUCUGCAGGACGAUGAAGGCGAUAAUGCUUUUCACAUAGCGGCAGAUGCAGCAAAAAUGAUUCGUGAAAAUCUUGAUUGGCUCAUUGUCAUGCUUAGAAAUCCUGAUGCUGCUGUUGAUGUCAGAAACCACAGUGGCAAGACACUGCGUGAUUUUUUGGAGGCCCUUCCUCGGGAAUGGAUUUCAGAAGAUUUGAUGGAGGCACUUGUGGAUAGGGGAGUUCAUCUUUCUCCUACAAUAUUUGAAGUGGGGGAUUGGGUGAAGUUUAAAAGAACUGUCACAGCUCCUACACAUGGUUGGCAAGGUGCUAAACAUAAGAGUGUAGGCUUUGUGCAAAAUGUUGUGGACAAGGAGAAUAUUGUGGUGUCAUUUUGUACUGGAGAGGCUCAUGUGUUAGUCAAUGAAGUUUUGAAGGUGAUUCCAUUGGACCGGGGACAGCAUGUCCGGCUUAAACCAGAUGUUAAAGAGCCAAGGUUUGGUUGGCGUGGUCAAUCACGUGACAGUAUUGGAACUGUUUUAUGUGUUGAUGAUGAUGGGAUUCUGCGUGUUGGGUUUCCGGGAGCAUCCAGGGGAUGGAAAGCUGAUCCCGCUGAAAUGGAAAGAGUUGAAGAAUUCAAGGUUGGUGACUGGGUUCGUAUCCGGCCCACACUCACAACAGCUAAGCAUGGAUUAGGGUUGGUAACACCAGGGAGCAUUGGCAUAGUAUAUUGUGUAAGACCAGAUAGUAGUCUGUUGUUAGAGUUGAGCUAUCUUCCAAAUCCAUGGCAUUGUGAACCAGAGGAGGUUGAGCUUGUCCCCCCUUUCAGGAUUGGUGACCGGGUGUGUGUGAAGCGAUCUGUUGCAGAACCUAGAUAUGCUUGGGGUGGUGAGACCCAUCAUAGUGUUGGUAGAAUUAGCGAGAUAGAGAAUGAUGGUCUCCUCAUAAUAGAAAUACCUAGUCGACCUAUUCCAUGGCAGGCCGACCCAUCUGACAUGGAGAAGGUUGAGGAUUUCAAGGUUGGGGAUUGGGUCAGAGUGAAGGCUUCAGUAUCCUCUCCACAAUAUGGAUGGGAGGACAUUACACGGAACAGCAUUGGGAUAAUUCACAGCUUGGAGGAGGAUGGUGUUAUGGGUGUUGCCUUUUGUUUCAGGAGUAAGCCUUUUCGUUGCUCUGUGACGGAUGUGGAGAAGGUGCCUCCUUUUGAAGUGGGACAAGAGAUACGUGUCAUGCCUUCUGUUACCCAGCCUCGACUUGGAUGGUCAAAUGAGAGCCCUGCAACUGUUGGAAAAAUUGUUAGAAUCGACAUGGAUGGGGCUUUGAAUGUGAAGGUUGCUGGAAGACAUAAUCCGUGGAAAGUUUCUCCUGGAGAUGCAGAACGUCUUUCAGGAUUUGAAGUUGGUGACUGGGUACAUUCAAAACCAAGCCUGGGGACCAGACCAAGUUAUGAUUGGAAUAGUAUUGGGAAGGAAAGUUUAGCUGUUGUGCAUAGUGUACAAGAGACAGGUUACCUAGAGCUGGCUUGUUGUUUCCGUAAAGGAAGAUGGAUUGCUCAUUACACAGAUGUUGAAAAGGUCCCAUGCUUCAAAGUUGGGCAGCAUGUUCGGUUUCGAACUGGAUUAGCUGACCCAAGAUGGGGCUGGAGAGGCACUCGGCCAGAUUCACGAGGCAUUAUAACCAGUGUUCAUGCUGAUGGAGAAGUGAGGGUUGCUUUCUUUGGAUUGCCAGGAUUGUGGAGAGGAGAUCCUGCAGAUCUUGAGAUUGAACAGAUGUUUGAAGUAGGAGAAUGGGUGAGAUUGAAGGAAGGUGCUGGGAACUGGAAAUCUAUUGGACCCGGCAGCAUUGGUGUUGUACAAGGUAUAGGGUAUGAUGGAGAUGAAUGGGAUGGAAGCACUUAUGUUGGGUUUUGUGGGGAGCAAGAAAGAUGGGUGGGGCCUACUUCUCAUCUUGAAAGAGUUGAAAGGCUCACAGUUGGACAAAAGGUUAGAGUUAAACUGUCCGUGAAACAGCCCAGAUUUGGGUGGUCAGGCCACAGUCAUGCUAGUGUUGGAACAAUAGCAGCAAUUGAUGCUGAUGGAAAAAUGAGAAUAUAUACUCCGGUAGGCUCCAAAACUUGGAUGCUUGAUCCGACAGAAGUGGAGCUAGUUAUGGAACAGGAACUUGGCAUUGGAGACUGGGUGAGGGUAAGGGCAUCAGUGUCAACACCGACGCACCAGUGGGGAGAGGUGAGUCAUUCAAGCAUUGGGGUGGUGCAUCGGAUGGAAGAUGAGGAAUUAUGGGUUGCAUUCUGCUUCAUGGAAAGGCUGUGGCUUUGCAAAGCAUGGGAAAUGGAAUGGGUUAGGCCAUUUAAAGUGGGGGACAAAGUGAGAAUUAGAGAAGGGCUUGUAACACCACGAUGGGGGUGGGGUAUGGAGACUCAUGCUAGCAAGGGCAAGGUAGUUGGUGUAGAUGCGAAUGGGAAGCUAAGGAUUAAAUUUCAAUGGAGAGAAGGGAGACCUUGGAUUGGAGAUCCAGCUGAUAUUGUUCUUGAUGAGAGUUAAGCUGUCAAUUGAGGCAGUGGAUUGUGUUCUAUGUUUCAUUCAGUUUCUCUCCUUGAGCCAUAGUGCCUUGGCUUGUUGAGACAGUUGGAGAGGCAACUGGUUUCAGCUGCACUGUAUGAUGAUCGAACGGCUUGAAACUCUACAUCUGAAUGCGGUGGCCUCAAACUACGGGAUUUUGUUUAUUGUUAAUAAACAGAAGAUUUACAGACAUGGAUACUGGGACCUUGAGGAAUAUCGGGCUUGCCUUGCUGUUGGUUAUAGAUGAGACAGAGUAGGCGAGAGAGAAGAUAGCUGUAGCCAUUUUGUAUCCCAUAGAUGUUUAGCUGAAAGCUUUUUGACGUAUAUAUGUCAUUUAUAUGUAAUUUUGUACAAACUUGAUACAUAAAUCUUGUCAGAGUUGUUGACUCUUUUUCAUCUUCAAUAAUUUUUGUA